CUUCAAUAUUCAGUAUAUGUCAUUUUAAUUGGUCACUUUGAGUUUAUGGUUUCCCAUCUUUCCUAGACAGUUCACAGAAGUCACUGUAAAAGCAAUACAACACAUGUCUGCUUGAGGCCUAUGUACCUUACCCCAUAUGUACCGUACCCCAUAUGUACCUUACCCCAUAUGUACCUCACCCCAUAUGUACCUCACCCCAUAUGUACCUUACCCCAUAUGUAACUUAAUCCAUAUGUACCUUGCCCCAUAUGUACCUUGCCCCGUAUGUAACCUUCCCCAUAUGUACCUUACCCCAUAUGUAACUUACCCCAUAUGUAACUUACCCCAUAUGUAUCUUACCCCAUAUGUAACUUACCCCAUAUGUAACUUACCCCAUAUGUACCUUACCCCAUAUGUACCUUGCCCUAUUUUGUAUGUUUUUAUAUGUGACUUUGUUUAUUAUUAAUGAUAUCAUUGAGAUGAAAGCUUUUUUACUUUGUCCAGAUAAAACAUGUAUCUGGGUAUAUUUCGCACUGUGAAAUUCCUGUUCAAAUGACGCACCUUGAUACUGUUCAUUAAACACAGGGCAGUGAGAAAGAUGUUACACGGAAGGUUUUGUAAAUAUUUUCAAUUGUUGUUUUUAAAUACUACAAUCUUUAAACAAAUGAAAAUCAUAAUUGAUGGGGAGGCUAAUCUGCAUUCUUUCAUGUUCCAAGAUGUAAACUGUUUUCAUAAGUUUUAAGGAACCAAAAGCUGGAAACCCAUUGUGAGGAAAAUGUAUGUAAUUACUGCACAAAGAAAGAAAAUAAUCUUUAUCAUUAUUUAUUAUAUAAGUAGUUACAGUACCUGAAGACUGUAUUUUUUUGCCGAGCGACAGUUCAUUAGUACACAGCAGCAAAACAAUUCCCAAUCGGCUUUCAUUUGGUCCCUUGUGAAUAAACCCUGGAUUGAUUGAACUGAAGUUAGACAUGUGACACUGAACAGAAGCAACAUGUCCACUAGAGGGAAUUCUCCCCUCUCAUUCAAAUUCUGAUGCAAAGCGUGAGAAGAGCUAUGAGCUGAGUUUGAUUAAAGCUAACAGCUAACAUUGAGAAAAAUCGACAUCUGGAAGAUGUCAGACAGAGACAGACAGCAGUACACAGCCAGCUGUGGUGAUAUGAUGUACCUGCUGAGGUGUUUGCUGUUGUUCUACUUCUCAUUCAACGAAUUGACCACAGCAGCAGGAAUCCAAAGAUGACUUCAGCUACCAGUUUUCUGUUUUUUGCGAUCCAUUUAGCCUGUAUCAGCACUGGAAAUUCUUCUGAGACAUUUGUCAAACUGGAGUGUGAAGAAGAAUACCAUGGGGUUUAUGGUCAGCAGUCAUUGCUGCAGUGUAUUGUCAAAGCUGUUCAGAACGUGACCAUCUUGACGGUGACCUGGAAGAGGGUGGGAGGUGAUGGUGAUGCACCUUUGUUGGAAUACCAUAAACAUGCAAAUGCCUCAACCCUCGGGUUUAAAUUUGCUGAGCCAUCCUGGAACAAGGAUAAUAUGAAUGUGUCCUUGUGGUUGACAAAUACCAAGAUGGCCGACAAGGGGGAGUAUGAAUGCAUGGUGAGAACAGACAGUGGUGAUGCUACAGCUACAAUCAGCCUCAGUGUCACAGCUAUGUACAAAUCACCAACCAUGAGUUCCAGUCCUGAGAACUGCAUAAAACAGAACACAGACGUGACCAUUUUCUGCAACUCUACAGGCGGGCACCAGACAGGGUUGAUCUGGUGGUUUGACGAGUUUGGCGCAAACUGCACAGGCAGUGCUGAACUCGUGGCCAAAAAGACAGACGACACACUGUUUAGCCUCUCCAGUAAAUUGACAGUUCUGAAGGCUACAUACAGUGGUUCCACAAACUACUCAUGCACAGUGCACAACACCAAUGGAGUCCAGGAGGGGAAGGCAUCAUUUGAGAUCCCGUUUGUAUGUUCAGCAGGUUCAAAAGAUGAUUUUGCUUCUGACUCCACUACCCAGUGGCUUGCCCCAGUUGGGGUCAUAGGAUCUCUGGUCAUUGGACUCCUUGCUGCGCUGCUGAUAUUUAAAAGGCGCUCUGUCCAACGGGCUCGAAGGCAGUCUACCUUCCCAUUAAUGACCCAUCUAUGGUCGAGCAGAACGUCAGAGCCAUACCUAAAUUUGACAGUCGACUACAUAAAUGAAGACUGGAAAUUGUAAAACGUCUGCCUACAGACGUCUUACAUUCCGAUGAUCA